GCCAGGUACUGUAGGUUUGCUUCACUUCACUCACUCACCAGCAGACAACUUCCAUCUCAACGCAAAGCUUCAUUUACUUGUUCCAACACCAAGAUUUGGUGUCGACAUUUCUACUUCACUGCCCCACACUCAUUACAAUACCACCAGAAUGCGUUCCACGAUCAUCUCCGCCACUCUCGUGGGCGCCGCCGCCGCCUCGCCGUGGGGCCCGAUGAACGGUUGGGGCUACGGCGGAAGCAGCUCAAGCAGCAGCGUUGCAGGCUGGGCCCAGCCUACACACACCUCUUCCAGCAGCUAUGCCAGCGCGACCCCGAGCAGCAGCGGCCAGGUUCCAUUCAAGUUUCCGCUGCCCAACGGCUUCCCAAAUCCGAGCAACGACUCCCUCCUCCAGAUUGAGCUUGCGGCUCAAGGCACCCUGCCCAACGGCGCGCUCCCCACUUCCAUCAAUGCCACAACCGCAGGCCUGUUCCAAGCGAUUGCAUUCAACGAGAUCUCCGAAGUUGCGUUCUUCACCUCCCUUCUCUCGAACAUCACGAACGACGUCCCCGGCUACGAGAUCCAGCAGAAGGUUCUCAAGGACUUCGUAAAUCGCACUCUGACUGCCGUCAUUGCGCAAGAAGAGCUCCACGCGCUCGGUGCUAAUGGCAUCCUCACUACCUCCGGCAAUUUGCCCAUCCAGCCUUGCCAAUAUGUCUUCCCGUCGUUCGACUUCGACUCCGCCAUCGAUACCGCCCGUAGGUUCACCGAUGUCGUCCUCGGCACGCUCCAGGACGUCCAGGUGGCUCUCGAUGCCGACGGUGAUGGCCAGAAGUUCAUCGCGCUCAUCGGCUCCGUCAUCGGUCAGGAAGGCGAGCAGAAUGGCUUCUACCGCAGCCUGCUUGACCUCAUCCCGUCUUCCAACCCCUUCCUGACGCGAUCCGCCGGUCCGUUUCUCUUCUCGCUGCUUAAUCAGUACUUCGUAGUCCCCGGCAGCUGCCCCGGUCCGGGUAAUGCUGCGCUCUUCGCUGCAGUUCCGGUCUUCGGCAAGCUCAUUGUGAACUCUCAGGACAUCACGCUGAGCAACCAGUACAUCAACUUUGAGGUCAACAGCACCAUCACCGACCUCAAGAACUACAGCGUUGUCUUCAUCAACCAGCAAAAUGUACCCGUUGUGAAGCCGAUCGAGAACCUGGUCGUAUCUGGCAACAAGGCGACAUUCCAGGCCUACUAUCCGGCACUUGACUUGGUCGCGGAUGGUCUUACCAUCGCCGCCGUGACGAAAAAUGCCGGUCCAUUCGCCAGUGUUGAUGCGGUUGCCGGUGCCACUGUCUUCGGUCCCGGCCUCAUCGAGAUUAACUGAAUUUCAUAAUGGUAGCGGUGCGUUGGAUGGUGGCUGCGUAGCAGAUUGAGCAUGAUCACCCACCGGAGUUGGUGAGAUCUAAUGUACAUGCUUAACGAUUUCGCUUUGAUUUCUAUACGUUGGAAGAACAAAAACUUAUACCGUUGGUUCCAUGGUCGGCUGUUGCGGUGACAAUACGAUGAUGUGGCGGCAUAGCCGUGAUAAUAUGCUCUCGCUUGUGGGGGCUGA